AUGCUCGGCACGACACAACCACCAGCAUUUGUUCCACCAACAUCCAUGUGGAAUCCAUUACUGGAUGAAUAUCUGAUUGAUGAGAUCCUCUCGUUGGAAGACGAGCAGCGCACUCGGGGCAGCAAACCACACCAAACACCGCUGACCGCCCCGUACUCUUGUGCAGACAAUUUGACGAAUCUCUCCUCGCAAGGAAGACCGAUUCCCGGAAACAACUCUUCAGGUGGUUCAGGCCACUCAGGCUCACCCGUCGGAAUGGGAAUCCCGGGCGCGAUGCAAUUCCGCCACGUCGUCUCCUCGUCAGCUCCCUCCUCAUCGGAUAUGGAUCAAUUGGUACGUGGCUCGUCGCAAGGACCCGUUCCCAGUGCCGAUGAUCCGGAACACUACGGCGAUCGCAGAAAGAAGGACAUUCACAAUAUGAUUGAACGCCGUCGUCGCUAUAAUAUCAACGACCGAAUCAAAGAAUUAGGAGUUAUGCUGCCUAAAGGAGCUUCCGAAGCCGAAUUUAGAGAGAUGAAGUUAAACCAAGGGACGAUUCUCAAAGCAUCUUGUGACUACAUUCGACAAUUGCAAAAGGAUCGAGAUAGCAUGAUUAAACAACAGCAACAACAAAACAAAUUGGAAAACGCUGCGAAACAAUACGCCGAUCGAGUCAGACAUCAUGUUGCACAAAGUUACAAAAGUGGAACAAAACCAAAGGCCAUCCGGAAACUCAACUCGGCAAACUCUAGUUGUGACGUAGUAGUUGAGUGUGGAGAGCAUUGCAAAUGUGAUCCCAUAACUUGUCGUCAACGAGUGCUGCAGGAAGGGAGACAGAUACCGUUGGUGCUAUUUUGGGAAGGAAGGAAAGGCUGGGGUCUUCGCACAAUUUUCAAAAUUCCAAAGAAUGUUUUUGUCGGUGAAUACGUCGGAGAGGUGAUCACUUUUGCGGAAGCCAAACGCCGAAACAAACACACAAAAUACCAAUUCAGUCUUGCGACGGCAAUCACAAAGCUCGACAACAAAUUCCUGGUGAUCGACGCCACAAGCCUCGGAAAUGAAACCAGGUUCAUAAAUCAUUCGUGCAAUCCAAAUUUGGUAGCGAAACUUGUGAUCACGAAUAAAUAUUCCGAACACGAUUUUCGGAUCGGUUUCUACUCCAUGCGUGAUAUUGAGCCGGGCGAGGAACUUACCCUUAACUACUAUCCUACAAACGUUAAGCCAAAGAACUCAAAGAAAGGAAGGACCAAAUGUUGG